AGACAUCAUUUCAUAAAGUUGCGAGAUGAACCUUUCACAAGAAGAGAUUUAUUCCAAAGAAAAACACGGUAGUUCGAUCAGGAGAGUAAUUCUUGUCGUAGUGAUGGCUCUCUUCGGUAUGACCUACAGCAUGUGCAAUUCAAUACGGUACGGCUUUCUUGCUGACGCCUUUGAACGGCGUCACCUCCCAGGAAAAGUGUUUGGUCUACUUGAAAGCAGCAUAAUCUUAGGUUUCGUGCUCAUGUACCUUUCUAAAGGUACAGAAUUAAUUAUGAAAAGAAAACGACAUAGGUUUAUUUUUGCAGCAAUAUUAAUUGCAUUCACGGCAAUUUCCUUAUCAACUGGAGUCGUUUAUCUUAUAGACAACAACUUGCUGAUGCUGGUCCUCUCUUUCAUUUUGAGAAUCUUACAGGGAGCAGCUACCUUCGCUUCUAAUCUUCUUCCAGUAGACUUCAUUCAUGUUCAUUUUCCUGAACAAUUCGAUUUUGUGAACAGUGUCGCACUGAUGGGAUGCUUUUGUGGACACGGAAUCUCUGAGAGUAUUGGCUGCUUAUUAUAUGACAGAUUUGGAUACGUUGUUCCUUUUAUAUUCGCAGCUUCCCUGACCUUUUUGGCCGCUAUUCUUCUCCUCCUCACAUUCCCUGACACAGAAACCUACCUCGCCUCACAAGAUACUGAUAGGUCUGAUAACGCAGUCCUCGAUUCUUCUGAAAAAUCCAACCUUCCAUUAACAAAGGCUCUGAUCCUUCCUUUGAUGGUGAUCAUGUUGAUCAACGCAAAUCAUGGAGUUCUACAGGUUUCCGUUACACCGUUUCUUCACGAGAACUUUGGUGUGUCUAUAUCGUAUGCAGGGCGGUGUCUAACGUUCCUUGCAGUAGGAAUGGCAUCAGGUGGUUUACUUACGGGAGUGCUUCUUCAAUCUAAGAAACUCAGCCAUUACACGGUCAUGGCAAUCGGAACAGGUUGUCUCUUUGUGGGAUUGAACCUAACGUUUCCUCCGACCUUCAUACCAUCCCUCUACAAAGUAGCUCCAAAAACUGCAUUUCCUGGUGUUUUCCUAGCUGGAUUAGGAGAUCCUUUAGUCAGUAUAACUACCCUUACAGCACUCUAUGACUUGCAGGAAUUGAGAAUGGGGCCGCUUACACCAGAGGUAGUGACAAAAAUAACUAGUAUCUGGCUGAUGGGUUAUUGUGCUUUCUAUUUCGGUGGACCUUUCAUUGCUGGAUUUCUCACAGACUAUCUUUCAUUCUCGGAUUCCUCCCUGAUUUUGUCGAGUUUGUGUGUACUGUCUUUAAUGAUAUGUGUCGUUAUGAGGACAAUGACUGCCCGAAUGAGAAUAAGAAAUAACAGCGAGAAGAGACAUUUGUUGCAGGACAAUUUAACGGACUAAUAUUGAAACUAUCUACUUUAUCAGACAGUAAAAGUCUACUUUCUACUUUAUCAGACAGUUAAUGAUACUGUCAGCUCGUGUAAAAUAUUAUACAAUUUUAUGGUGUCGGUCUCAGACCCGCCACUGUUUCAAAAUUAAUUCGGGAAAAACCCAAUAUUAAAUCAAUUUGGAUUUUGGUAUAGAAUUGGAAUUUCAUGGGUCAGAAGUCAGACCCGCCACUGUUUUUAUAAUUUAAUUCUCAAUAAGUGCAAACAACUUCGAAGAAUUAAUAUUUUCAACUUCAAGAUACGUUUCCUCC